UUUAUUUAUUUAAAAUACAUUUCUUAUAUUCGUACAGUUUAUGCUUUAUAGCGCCUCGCUCACCCAAUUCGGCAAUCCGCUUUGUUGAAAGCGAUUAUUUUCCUACCUGUGGAUCGUCUCUCCUCUCUACCAAAAUGGAAGCAAGCGGCGGCGCCGGCGGUGGCGGAGAGAAGUUCGUGUACCGGAUUUGUACAGCUACCGAAUGGGAAGAUCUGCAGAAGGACGGGUUCACUCAUGGCGGAGAGCUCGACAAAUCCUCCGGAUUCAUCCACCUCAGCGACCACAAUCAGGUUCUAUCGACACUGAACAAUUUCUUCCGAAACACCAAGUUGGAUCUGCUGCUUCUCCAAAUUGAUGCUGGAAAGCUUGGGGAUGGGUUGGUCUAUGAGUCCAUCGAUGGAAUCAACAGCUUCCCACAUUUCUACGGCCCGGCUCGAAGUUUCAGCCCUCUGCCUCUGGAUGUAGUCAUCAAAUCUGACAAGAUUGUUGAGUCGGAUGGCCAGUUCGGCUGUGCUUUACUCGGUUGAAUAUAUAUACUCUGGUUUCCGCCGGUGAUGUUUGCUUUCAGAUGGAAAUCAAGCUGUAUUGAACAGAAUGCUUCUAUUUACUUGUUCUUAUUGGCCGGCCAGCAGUUACUGAAGCUGGAUCCAUAUAGGUUUCUUUGAUCCUGAAAUCUUCUGAAUGUUUCUUAGUCGUCGUUAACAUCUUGUCGCUGGAACCUUUGCGAGCUCUAAUCUGGCAGCAUGACGAAGAAGCUGACAUACAGUAAUGCAUAAUUUCGAAUUCAAGUUCUUCACUUUCUGAAAUGUUUUAACGAGGAACGAUUGGCAUAGUGGCAGCAUGAUCUACUGUUGAAUUGAGCAUUCCUCGUUUUACUGUCGAAAUCUUUUGUUGCAAGUGUGAGCUGGGUAUUGCUAUCUAUUCACUUUGAAGUUUGAACUGAGGGUUGGUCUGUCUUCGCAAAGAUUCGCCUUGAAAGCUGUUGAAGUAAUGCAUACCCUGGGAUUGAGGAUAGAGAGAAGUUUGCCUGCAAAGAGAACUCCCCCCCAACUCAGGGAGCACACAAGGUAACUUCUAGCUAGACUCUAAAACACUUUUUUUCCUCAAUAAAAGCUCAGAAUUCGUACCAAUGGUGAAUGCUAUGUGAAGGUUCUGAUACCUUGCUCAGCAACAGUUGAUAUUGUGAUCCUGCUAGUGUCCUAGAACCUGAUCCUUUUUGUAGAAAGAGGGGAAUGUGCUGAUCUGAUGUAAGCUAGGGAUUGGGAAAUGAGGACAGCUGUAACUGUUGUCAGCAACCCUUGUUCUAAAUCUAGGCUUAGAAGUCAAGUGUAUGAUUAUCAGCAAGUUUAAUGUUCAGAGAAUGAAUUGGCUUCCAUCCUACAGAGUACUAUCUUCUUCAGGCACUGCAACCGCAG